GAAACGGUAUAUGCUGUUAGAAAAGGAGUGGCAUACCACUCCAGGCAUCAGUAUUUACCGCUGAACAACAGAGUGGCACAGCUGAGGUUCCAUCUGCAGCCUUGCAUGAGGAAAAGAGCAGCUGCAAUUACUGCAUUGCCCCUGCUUUCAAAGCUGACAUUUAAUUAGCAGUGAUCUUCUUGAUCAAAAAAAGAAAAUGUAGCUCUUAUCCUGAAGCUGAUUUUCGAAAUCGAAUGCUCUGACUUGAUUUUGUUUCUAGGCUCUUAUUUUAUAUCUUAACGUCUGUCAUGUGUCUCUCUGCAGUGCCAUGGGGUUAGUGGCAUCAUCUUCGUCACCAUGGUUACCGGUUUUCUGUUGGUGUACAACAACAGCGGCUCUGGUGACAGAUCAUAUCCCUCACCGUCACUAUCGUUACACCGUUUAGAUGGUCCUGUUCCAUCCAUGAAAAAACAAGAGAGACCGGAGCCACUCCCAACACUUGCGGGGUACACAGGUGUCAUGGAUCAUAAGCCUCUGAAGAUGCACUGCAGGACUUGUGCCUUGGUGACCAGCUCCGGCCAGCUAAUCGGGAGCAGGAGAGGUGAGGAAAUCGACAGCUCUGAGUGCGUAAUCCGUAUGAACGAUGCUCCCAGUAUAAGACAUCAGCAGGACGUUGGGCGACGCACAAGCCUGCGUGUCGUAGCUCACACCAGCCUGCAGAUGGUCCUGCGGAGCCAGCAGGAGCUGCUCAAUGCGAGCCAAGACACAGUGUUCAUCUUCUGGGGACCCAACAGCAGCAUGAGACAGGAUGGGAAAGGCCACAUUUACAACAAACUCAGGCUGUUGAACCGGCAACUGCCCAAACUUAAAGUCUACAGCACUACUUGGAUCAAAAUGCUGAAGUUCGAUGAACUGUAUGAAAAGGAAACGGGGGUUAACAGGAUGAGGGCCAAGUCCUGGCUGACUACCGGCUGGUUCACCAUGGCCAUAGCUGUGGAGCUGUGUGACAGCAUCAAUGUGUACGGCAUGGUGCCGCCUGAUUUCUGCAGAUCCUCCUCUCAUCCCUCUCUGCCGUAUCAUUACUACCAGCCCUCGGGGCCCAACGAGUGCUCCAUGUAUCUCUCCAACGAGAGGAACCAAAAAGGAAGACACCGCUACAACACGGAGAAGGCCGUGUUUGCGAACUGGGCUCGAACCCUCAACAUCCACUUUCACCAGCCAGACUGGAAGCCGGCCGCCGUCACCGCCAGCGUGAACAGCUCCCACGCUCUGGUUCCAGCUGAAUCCUGAGAUUCGCUCCAGGGACAAUCCCCAGAAGAGUGGAUGAAUAUGUGUGUGGACGGUUUCCAGAUUCCCUCCCUGGACGACAUGAAUGCAUGAGACAGCAGUGUGGGGCUGAGCUAGUGCUGGGCGGUAUGACCAAAACUGUGUAUCACGGUAUUUUUUAAGAU